UGCACAGGAAAUGUGUCCAAACUGAGCAACAUCACUUCCGGUACGUGUUUCUUCCUCCGCCGGUUUGUAAAGAAGAGGGCAGAUUCUUGCUUCCUGAGAGUGUAAGGGAUCAAACAGGAAGUGGAGUGAGACAGGAUGGAUCUCAGGCUGUUGCUGUUGUGUGUUGUGCUUUGUGUGGCUCAUGUCUCCACUAAACCCAUGGAGAAGAAGGACCGAGUCCAUCAUGAUGCUCCUCUCAGUGACAAGGAGCACGACGACGAGGAGAGUUUCGACUACGACCACGAAGCCUUCCUUGGCCAAGAGGAAGCGAAGACCUUCGACCAGCUCACGCCAGAAGAGAGUAAAGAGAGACUGGGUAAAAUUGUGGAAAAGAUCGAUGAGGAUCACGACGGCUUCGUGACCGUGGACGAGAUGAAGAACUGGAUUAAACACGCUCAGAAGCGCUGGAUUUAUGAAGACGUGGACCGACAAUGGCAGGCUCAUGACCUCGAUUCAGAUGGACACGUGUCCUGGGAGGAAUACAAGAACGCUACGUAUGGCUACGUCCUCGAUGAGUCGGACCCUGAGGACGGGUUUAACUACAAGCAGAUGAUGAGCAGAGACGAGCGUCGGUUUAAAAUGGCGGAUAAAGACGGAGACCAGCGAGCGAAUCGUGAGGAGUUCACAGCGUUCCUGCACCCUGAGGAGUACGGAUACAUGCAGGACAUCGUGGUUCUGGAGACCAUGGAGGACAUCGACAAGAACGGGGACGGAUUUAUUGACCUGGAGGAGUACAUCGGUGAUAUGUACAGUCAGGACGGAGACUCUACUGAACCAGAGUGGGUGAAGACGGAGCGAGAGCAGUUCACUGAGUUCAGAGAUAAAAAUAAAGAUGGACGGAUGGAUAAAGAGGAGACGAAAGACUGGAUUCUGCCGUCUGACUACGAUCACGCUGAGGCUGAGGCCAAACACCUGCUGUACGAAUCAGACACAGAUAAGGACGGACGUCUGACGAAGUUGGAGAUUGUGGAGAAGUACGACCUGUUCGUCGGGAGUCAAGCGACGGAUUUCGGAGAGGCUUUAGUACGACACGAUGAAUUUUAAUCCCAAAACGUCUGCACAUGAAGGAAAAACAAAAUGGACUGUAAUUUAUUUCCUGAUUCGUCACAAACGAUCUCAAUCGUGCAAACUUCCAUAACUGAGAGUUAUGUACAGUUACAAUUUUCUAGGUUUUUAUUUUAUUUUUUUUUUUGAAAAGGAAAUAAUCCGUGAUGAAUUAAGUUCAUUUUUAUGUUUGGAAGUUUUAAGUUUAUUCCUUAAGUAGAUGCAUAGCUACAUAAUUGUGUGUAUGUGUGUUAAUGCACUGAACACUUAAAGUAUUCUCAGAUCGUUUUGUGUAAAGUUUUUUUUGGAGUGUUCAGGUCUCUCCAGCGCCGUAAGGAAGCAUUUUGCUGGAUUACGGCGCUCCGUCUGUGCGGCAGGAGAUGAUGAAACCUCAGCAGAACAUCAGGUCCUGAACAUCAGGUCCUGAACAUCAGGUCCUGAACAUCAGGUCCUGAACAUCAGGUUCUUGGUCACUACACGUAGCGGUGCUGAUUAAGAGCAUUGCUCACGAUUGAAGCAUUAACCACUACGUGCAUUUUAUUAACAAUAUUUUAAGGUUCAGCAAUUUGUGUUCCGUCCUGCAUAAGUGUGUUAUAAUGAGGCACGGCAGCUUUAUUUUACUCCUCUUCACUACAUGCUGUUCCUCUGUAUCCUGAGUUAAACGAUGAACACGGUCAGAUCAACAUUUUGUUUUUUUGUGUCUUUUUUUAUUUCAUUCCUUUUUCAGUCAGAUGUUCAGUAUUCACCGAGCUUCCGUUUCCAAACCAGGUUUUGGAUUUUUUUGGGCGAUCUGUCUGUAUGACUGAUGACUGAAAUGAAAUGUCCAGGUGUGUGAUGCUUCUGUACAAAACGUCCAUUUGGGUUUAAACUAAUGCUGUAUGCAGUGAGUUGUGAUGGUGUGAAUACAGAACGUCCUUCACCUGAGGAGAAGCUUUCACAAUAAAAUAUAUAAAAACUAAUCUGA